UUCAGCCUCUUUUGUUUGUUUGAAAUGCUCUCUUACGUUUUUAUGGUCCCUGGGCGCGCCCCUUUGCCUCGCAUGAUUUUAAAAUCGAGAUAUUGAUAUUCGCGUUAUUCCCAUAGAAGGAUCAAACAAAGUUGGUUUCAUUCAUAAUUACUUACAUCGACUCAGUUAGGACAUUCGACUAUAGAUCAGGAUGACCCUCCCAACCGACGGCUUUCGCUCAGAUGAGCCAGCAUGGAAGGUCGUCGACCUUCCCGGUAGCAAGUGCAAAGGUGUCGUCGCGACGCGCAAUCUGAAACGCGGAGAGCUUAUUCUUGAGGAAGAGCCUUUGCCGCUUCGUUUAUCGGCGCAAGGCCUGGAUGACGAAAGUGAUUAUAGAAGUGAAUCCAGCGACGAGGAGGUGGAGGAUGAUGAUGCCAGUUGUAGUUGGGGAACGCCAUCUACGACCUGCGAGGAUGAUGCAGGAGCUGUCGAUCACGCUGAAGUAGAAAACGAUCAGCAAGAACUUGAAAAUGUUGACCGCAAGGGCUACCUUUACCACGACCAGGAGAAUGACGUGGUAGUAAAUAAAGACAAGUUCAGCUUCGGGAGGAGCGUUGUUGUCCAGGCUGUUGAGCAGGACGAGCUGUUCGUCUGUCCUGCGCGUGCUUUGGCUCGUUUAGCAAGAGUGUUUCCGCUAGAUGAGAGCUGUGCGGGAGGUCCAGCGGUGCUACAGUCCAUGCUGCGAGAACGCCUGGCGCGCAGUCGGAUGCGAGAGCUUGAGAAGAAACUCGGACUCUCAUCACUCGGCAGCACAACUACUUCAGCCACUACGAGUACGAGUUCGGUCGACAAUUAUACAUCGUCGUCGAAAAAUCCGCCACGACCGCCCUUGACAAGGGAAGCAUUUGCGCAAUUGCACGAUGCCUUUGAGACGGUGACGAAAUGUAAAACCGCACUUGGAAUUUGGCAAACGAAUGCGUUGUCAAUACCGUCUUCCAAUAGGCCUGGAGAGAGUGAUUUAUUGCCUGCUGUAAUAUGUCCCAGAGUGGCACGCUUGAACCACAGCUGCACGCCUAAUGUCUUACACUGCUUCGUCGACCGCGAUGGAAAUGAUAGUAAAGCACUAGGACCAGCAUCAGGUAGAAGAUGUACAACAAGGACGACCUCCUCAUCCUCUGGAGGAGUGAUGCGCGUUGUGGCUGCCAGAGACAUCCUCGUUGGGGAGGAGUUAUGUACGAGUUAUUGCGAUGUGACUGACGAUCGCGAGGGUCGCCAGGAAUUUCUUCACAAGUUCUAUCGUUUUGAGUGCACCUGUGUGGCGUGUUCUAGGCCGCAGAACCGGGAUGCGGCUGGUAGUCUUAGAAGGAGUGAAGAUGAAAUUGAAAGUUGUGACGAAGGACGAGACCACGAUGUUGAAGGGAUGAGAGAUCAUUGUCUUGAAUCAGACGAACGGAGAGCGCAUGCAGGAGAGGUUUUGGAUGCAGCAGCUGAGUUUGAAGAUUCAUUGUCAUCAACAAUUUGUGCGCAGAAGAUUUCAACAAAAGACAUACAGCUAGCCUUGCGCGCCUUGGAAGCGGAGCGCCUGCUCUGCCCCAUGUUGGAGUUUAGGCUGUGCGCGUACGCCUUCCGUACUCAAAAAUGCACAUCGAAGCGGAGCGAGGCAAGUACAAGACACAAAACGACAAAAAUAGACUGGGGCACGAGGGCUCUUUCUGCUCUUAUAUUGGCCGAAGGCUCCGAUAGCUUACGAGCGCAGAACUGGCAGCGAUUGCUUGUGGAAAAGCCUGUGCGGCGAAAAUGAAAGUACAUCAGGACCUCAACAAUUUUAUUUUUGUAUUGCCCUCUUCCCUUGUAUGCCUCCCUUCCUUCCGUUUCCUGUUCUGACCGUGUCUUCGUUUCCGAAUUCUACUAGUGAGCAUGCACCCAUGUGUAGUAGUUUUCAUGCCUGGAUUCGUUGACAGCGAGCACCGUUUCUAACAAUUCAUGUUACGGACCGCAUGGGCUGAAGGUCAGUCGUUGGCGCCUUGUUUGUGUUGUUUCUUGUUUGUUGGGUUGUUCGUCGUGGCCUUGUGCCCGUUUCCUUUCUCUCCAAUCAAAUCAUGGCUAGGAAGGGUUAGUGGGUACUUGAUUGUUUAUGCUUGACUUGAUCAUCUAGUACAGAAUGGAGUAGCGGCUGCGUCUGCAGUAAACAACUCAAUAUUUUUGUAUUUCUACUAACUUGCCCACACGACCAAGUUAUCAUAGACCUC